AGUAUCGAACCGGCGCCCGUCGCGCACGGCCAUAUCGUAUACAUUCCGUAUUCGUACAUUCCAUGCGCGCGCCACCGACGCGAGCUUUACGUGGGUGCGCACUCCGCUGUCAUGGGUGCUGAUAGAAAAUCAGGCCGAAAUAUACUCGCAGACAGGGUUGCAGUUUGCCGAUACGACAGUUAGGACGACCACGGCACGUUUGUAACUACUCGCACACUCUUUGAAACGGAGCAGGUGACGCGAAUGCGGCAUAUGCAACCCAGUGUAUGGGGUGUGGUGUCGGGAGAACAGGUGUUGGCCUAGCAGAGUUCUCGGCUGUAAAGUUAGGACGGGGGUUGGAGGGAAGAGGGAGGACGCGCCGGGCUGACGUGCGGACUCGAUGAGCGAGACGUGCUGGCUGAUGAUUUCCCGGGUGAGAACGAUGAAGUAAAAGGACGUACGGCUCCCUUCGAGUAUGUCGCGGACGACACCAUCCGGUGGCAGUCCGACUCCGCCGAGGGUGGACAGCCCCGGCGGUGGCGGCGCCGACGGUGGCGGCAGCCCGAGAACGCCACGUGGUAGCCGGCUGCGGGACCGGGUGAGCUUUUUCGAACAGGUCUGGUCGGCUGGACGUAGUCCCAGCGCUGAGGAUCUCCUGGAAGACUCGGACGCGCGCCGGUUGUCUUUCCGGUCGCCGACGCACCGGCGAUCGUCUUCCAGGGCGAGCGAUUCCUCGUUCGAGGAGAGCUUCGAGCGAUUGGUGGAGGAGGGUGAGCUGAACGGCGCCAAGGUCGUCAAGUUUGAGAAAAUUACCGUGAGAAAGAGCGUACGUGCGAUCAGUUCGGGUAGCACGAGUAACGGCGACACCGCGGCCCUUCAGCACCGUGCCUUGACGGAGGCGAGCAGGACUCCCAGCGAGGAGCACAUCCUCGAGGAUUCGGCCUAUCAGAGUCACAGUCACGGCGUGCAGAGUCACGGCAGCAAAUCUAGUUCGGUCACUUCCUUCACGAGGUUCCCCUCGGAAGAGAGUCUGUCGCAGAGGAGAUCCAGUAGUCCUCGAAUUCAGCAGCUGGGUAGCCCGGACGAACGACCGCCCUCGGAGUGGUACGCCGAAUAUCGCAGUCAGAGCUUCCAGAAUGUCGCUUCCAGAAUCGACUACGUGCGCAGCAGGAGCGAGUACGACGCGCAUAUCGCCGAGAUCAAAGACGAACAAGAACGCGUGCAGAAGAAAACCUUCAUCAAUUGGAUCAAUUCUCAUCUGUCGAAGAGAGUUCCACCGCUUCGUAUUGAAGACUUAAUUGAGGAUUUGAAAGAUGGCACGCGCCUUCUUGCGUUACUCGAAGUCCUUUCAGGGGAAAAACUGCCCGUGGAGAGAGGCCGUAAUCUAAAAAGACCGCAUUUCUUGAGUAAUGCCAAUACCGCGUUGCAAUAUUUACAGAGCAAGAAAAUCAAAUUAGUGAAUAUAAAUUCGUCCGAUUUGGUUGACGGACGACCGCCGGUAGUAUUGGGCCUAAUAUGGACUAUCAUUCUGUACUUCCAGAUCGAGGAGAAUACGAGAGCCCUCGAGUAUCUUGGACAAGCCUGGGGCAGUCAAAGCAGCCUCGAAAGCCUUGGCUCGGCGGCGAGCGAGAGGAAACGUAUCAGCAGCGAAAAAUGGAAACAAAGUGCACGGAAAACCUUGCUUCAAUGGGUCACCAACGCUCUGCCCAAGGACGUUGGUAUCAAAGUUCGAGACUUCGGAGAAAGUUGGAGAGACGGAAAUGCCUUCUUAGCCAUCAUCGAUGCCAUAAGGGCUAACUUAGUGAACAUAGCAGCUAUGAGAGAAGCGUCGAACAGAGCUCGGUUGGAAACGGCCUUCCAGGUCGCCGAAAUCGAACUAGGCAUUGCCCGACUAUUGGACCCCGAGGACGUGGACGUGCCGCAACCCGACGAAAAGUCGAUUAUGACAUACGUCGCCCAAUUUUUGCACAAAUAUCCAGAACCGGGAAACACGGCUCCCGAUUCCUUCGCGACUAUACAAGAGGAAUACGACGAUCUUCUUAAAUGGCUGAACGACAGAGUCAGGCAUCUCGAACAGCUUGAUAGAGCUAACGCCUAUCCGCAAAGUUACCCGGAAUAUAUGCUGUUCAGAGCAGAAACUGAUGAGAAAUCAGUUAUAUACAAAAAGAUGCAAAGUUUGGUCGAUACGCCCAGUAUGAUAAGUAUCACACGAGAUUCUUGGAGACACAUAAAAACGUUGUGGCAGCAAAUGGAGCUCUUCAUGCAGCAUUGGCUUUGGUUGUUAGAUUCGAUGUUACCGGGAGAAUUAGGAGAAGUCGGCAAAUGGUUAGCGAGAGCCGAAGCUCUCUUAUGCUCGGACAAUAAUAUACCGCAAGAAAUGUCAGAAAGCACGGCGAAUAUUAUCUCAAACAAGCUGGAAGACCAUAAAAAAUUCUUCCUCGAUUUACCGACAAUGACAGAGAAAUUCCAGCACGCUAAGAACUCGUCGUUGGCGCGACAAGUCCGGCCUGAACAAUUAGAUAACAUGUCCGCGCGCAUCGACGGCUUGCCCGAUCGCGCCGCUAAGAGAAGGGUGAAAUUAAAGUUUUUAGAGCAUAAGUGUUGCCUGAUCGCUUUUCUCUACCUCGUCGAGACCAAACUGAAAGGCUGGAACAUCAAAUACGGCACGGAAGAGAAAGUGCAUCAGAUGUUGGAGCAAUAUCGUAACUUUGUCUCCAGAAAUAGGAUAUUUCAGGAAUUUCAAAAGGCUUACUUGGACAUGCAACAAGUCGCGGAGGAGUACAAGCGUGACGGUGAUAUUGAUCGAGAGGAGAGCCUCAAUAUUGAUCGCUUUAUGCGCGAGACAGCCGAGAAAUGGAAGAAUCUGUCGAUGGAUCUGCGCUGCGUCCAGAGCAUGCUCGAGGAAGUUGUCGCAUACUGGCGUCGUUGGACCAUCGUCUCUGAUGAAUUUGAGGCGUGGCUAGUUCGCGCCGAGCCUGCUCUGAAUCUUCCAGAGGAAGAAAAAAUGGAGUUCUUUCAAGAUAUCAGCGUGUGGAAGGACAAAUAUCAACAGUUGUCCGACACCGUAAGCUUCUUGAUCGCCACAUCCGACGAACCGAUUGCAUUUCGUCUGAAGGAGCGCUACACAAAUUUGACAGCGAGGUGGGAACGGCUCUUCCAAGAGGCCAAACAAUACAUGCACGCGGGCGAUCUCGUUCGAACGCGAAAGGACUACAAGACGGGAGUGGAGACUUUACAGAAUUGGCUGAGAAAUGCCGAAGUCGCCUUAUCAACCACUGGAUUGAGUUCUACGGAGCGAAUCAAGGCUUAUGGAGAGAAAUUGCAGACUCUUCACAACGAAGUCGAGGACAUUGAAAACCUCUUCAAGAAUAUCAGUAAGAAGUUCCAGACCCUUAUCCAAGAUUUGUCUCGUGACGAGGUCGACAAAAUGAUGAACACACUGAAGAAAGAAAAGGAAGCGCUUGUCAAAGUGCGAGCCUUGAUACCGAUGCAAUUGCACUUGUAUCAUCAAUUGCUAGUGCAACAAGAAUCCCUAGAAACAGGGCAGAAAGAGAUAUCCGCGUGGCUGGACGAGGCCGAGAGCUUUUUGGCCAACAUCAAUCUCGCGGGUGGUAGGGACGCUGCUCUGGCUCAACUAGAUCGUCAUAAGGCUUUCUUCUCAAGAACGCUCUACUAUAAAUCCAUGCUGGAGUCUAAGAACAAAGUGUUCGCCAACAUCGUCAAGGCCGUGGAUAGUCACGCUAACGUGGAGACUGCCGAAGGUGGUGCUACCUUGAGAGAGCUCAACGAUCGAUUUGUCAAAGUCUCUCAAGCGGCGCAAGUUUGGGAACAACGUUUGCAAGAGUCUGUGCGACGUUGGACGAAGUUUAAAGAGUGCGAGCGGCAAAUCUCCGAAUGGCUCUCGGUCGCCGAGACGAUGAUCAACGAAAAGCACAUCGACAAUCGUCAAUCCGUCGAAUAUCACAAGAACUUCUUCGGCAAAGUCAAUGAAAAAUGGAUACAGGAUCUCGUGAAGGCCGGUCAAGAUCUCCGGAAUGCGUUGCCAGCUGAUCAGCAGCUACCCAUUGCAAGCAUGGUGGAAGCUCUUCAAAAUCGCUGGAGGGAAGUACUUACCUUUGCGCCGCUUCACCUGAUGAGACUCGAGUUCCGUCUAGACGAGGCCAGUUUCCUUCAGUAUCUCAAAGAAAUCGAAAUGGAGAUCAGUUCUGAGCAACAAGCGCUUAUCAACAACGACGACGUGGACGGUAUUCAGCAGCGCAAUAGAGAAUUCUUUGUGAAUCGCGGCACCGUCCUCGAGGUCGAGCGUUGUCUACAGACUCUGAAAAAAAUCAGCGAUGCCUACAGUAAGCAUAAACCGAAAGACACCAGUCUGGCUAAUGCUGCGCAAAAUGCCGAACGUUUGUGGGAAGAAACCGCGCAGAAAGUGGAGAACUUGAGGGAACAGUUGCGCGAAGUACCACAACAAUGGGCGGCUUAUAGACAAAAGUUCGAUGAAAUGGUGCAUUGGAUGGAUCACGUUGACAGUACGUUGAGAACCAUUUUACACGAGGUCAAUACUCUAGAAGAAUUCGAAAAGGAGAAGACUAUAUUUCAGAAAAUCUGUCGCGAAGCUGACAGCAAGCGUGAAGAAAUGAAAUGGUUGGUUCAAACUCUCGACAACCUGACAUUGAAUCGUUCGGAUCGUGAUGCGCUGACGGCACAGCAGAAUUUGGAGCAACUGAUAACUCGAUACAAAAACUUGAUACCAACAAUUGAGAUUACAAUGACGAAGACAGACAUUUAUUCGAAGAGUUACACCUAUCGCAAAGAAGUACGCGAAGUGUGCACUUUGUUGCGUAAGGUUCGCGAACAGUCGAAAACUGAAGCCGCGCCUGAGGUUCCUGAAAAAUUGCAAAACGCGGUGGCUCAUCAGGAAUCGCGUCUUAAUCAAUUAGAGCAACAACGAGCGACCAUUGUCAGCAUGCUGCAACGCGGCAAAGAUCUUCUGAAGGAUCAACACACUCCACCCUUCGUCUCUUCCGAGGUUCAACAGUUGGAAGCCAACUGGAACGACACGUACGGUCAAAGUAUGGAGACGUUGAAGUCUUUGAAAGAUUCGCAGAAACUCUGGAACAUCUAUCAAGAGCAAAAGGAUGAGAUUUUGAGAUUGAUCGAGCAAGCUGAGAAAGAACUGCGUCAAAUCGAAUUGACAUCUUAUUAUGAUGCCGCUCAAGUAUCUUCUGAUCUGCAAAAGAAACAGGAAUUCAACGCAAAUCUGAGAAAGUCAGCCGAGGAAAUGAUAAAGAAAUUACGCGAAACGUAUACUAAUCUUUCUCAAACGCUCGAACCGCCAAGUAAGAGAGAGAUUUUGAAAAUGGAAGUGACGGAAACCGAACAAAAGAUGGAACAUACACUGAAGAUCGUGCGCGAGAAAGUGAUUUAUCUUCAGGAACAUAGCACUCGAUGGAAUAAAUUUCAAUCAAAGUUCGUGGAACUCCGAUCCUGGGUUCAGCAAACCGCGCCCCAAUCGGUCGCAGACAUCGAAGAUGCUUCAGUCUCACCUGAGGAAAGAGUUCGUAAAACGGAAAAUCUGCAGAAAGAGAUAAAGGAAAAGAUGUUGAUUUUAAAUGUGAUAGAAGACGAGUCCCGGAAACUCAUAAAAGAAGACAGUGAUCAUACACCAGCAAAACAACUUCGCGCCGACAUCGAGAAUCUUCACAAGACCGUUGAAUCAUUGAACAAGAGCAUAGUAACGCAGCGUGAAUUAGCUACGCAAAAUCUUGCAACAUGGAGAGAGUAUGAAGAAGGCAUUCAGAAGAUAAAACCUUGGAUCGAGCAAGCGGAGUCUAAAGCAGCUACCAUGGGCAGUAAGCCCACUACUUUGGCUCAAGCCACGCAAAUGUUAGAAUCGGCCAAGGCGUUUGAAGUUCAAUGUCAGCAGUAUCUUCCAAAGGUUCAGAAUUUGUCAACAAUUAGUCAGCAAAUAACCGGAAGAACCGUGGCACCUGAUGAAGUCGACGCUGUAUACACGCGAUGGAACGCAGUUCAUGACGUGGCGGUACAAACGGCGACCAAGCUGGAUAAAUUAGUUUCAUCAUGGAACACCUUCGAAUCGGAAGCGAAAGAAUUUAAUGAGUGGUUACAGAGUAGUGAAAAGAAGGCUCUGAAAGAGCCUAAUGUUCAAACACCCGAAGCCGCAAAGUUGGAGAAGGAAUUGGCGCAAUUGAAGGAAUUCAAUAAGAGUAUAUCUGAUCAUCAAGCCCAAUUGAUAUCGUUGACUCAAGUUUCUGAUCAUAUCAGCCACGGUUUAUCGCUGGACGGCGCCUCCGCAUUGAAGGGUCGGGUUGCUGAAAUGAAAGCCAGAGUAAGCAAACUUGCGGACACAGUUCGACAUCACAUCAAUCGCGUUUCUGACUCGCUACUGGCCCGGCAGGAAUUCCAAAUGAAGAUCACCGAUUUCGAAAACUGGAUGACGCGACUGAGGUCUAACGUCAAUGAGAUCGGAGACGUGAAUGUGGACAACGUCGAUACCAAUUUGCAAACGAUGCAUGCUUAUCUUCAAGAGCAUUCGGAAAAACAACCGGCAUUCACGGCAAUCUAUAACGAAAUAAAACAAUUGUCGUUGCGAGGUUCAAAGUUGGAAGCCGCCGCAUUGGAUGAAACUUAUACGACCCUAGCGAAGAAAUACAAGGCGCUCGAAGAUGAUUUGAGAGAGAAGAAGAAAGGUUUGGAGAAAUGGAUCGAACUUUUAAGUUGGCACAAUGACGCCAAUGCACAAUUGAAUCAUUAUAAAUACGAAUCUGAAGCCAGGAAACCAACUAUCGUUGAUCUCGAUCGACUUUCUUCAGAACUUCAAAUUGUAUAUGAGAAGAUCAACUCUUGGAAGGAACACGUUCCGUUAAUGGACAGUACUCUGGGGAUACAUGUUCGUGAUAAGCAAGACAAACCAGUUACUGCAACUUCGUUGUUGAAUGAUCUUGAGUCCAAGGCCGCGGUGUUGAAGACAGAAUUAUCUGCUAAGCGUGACAAGCUAGAAAAUCUUGAUGCUAAAUGGGAUAACUUCAGAAAAUUGCAGCAAAAAAUAACAGAGGAAAUCGUCAACACUCAGACGAGCCUACAAAACAUCACGUACACUGUUGACACUUGCGAAAAACUCGCGCCGGCAAUCGAGAAGAUUGACGAUCUGAUUGAAGAUCAUCAGAGACGAGAACCGGAAAAGGAAAUCCUUCAUCGCGAAGGUGAUAACUUGAUGAAGGAGGAUCAACGAGCAAUUACUAACAUUCAGGUAGUAAUUUCUUCGGUGGAUAGUAACUGGGAAAAGGUAAAUGAACUCCUGCGUGAGCAGAGAAGGAAAUAUGCUGAGAUGGAUGCCGAUUGGAAACAGUAUCAGGAAGCCAAGGAGAAAUUGAACAAAUUUAUUGACGAAGCAAAGAAUCUUUGUCAAUCAGUCAAAGAUGUAUCAACUGACAUUACCCAGGCAAACGUGGCUCUGGAAAAACAUAAGAGAGCUUCGGAGAUCUUGAAAAAGGGUAAACAAUUUCUAGACAAAAUGGACGGCAAGGCGCAACAACUAGCGAAAGAGACUUCGUUAAUGCCGAACUUUAAGACCAAUCUGAUCGAAUCGGACCUAUCUAAUAUACGAAAAAAAUACCACGAGAUUAAUAUCAAGGUGAUUGAUCGGACUCAAACAUAUGAAACGCAGGUUAUCAUUUGGAAGCAGAUCGAAGAAGCGAAAUAUGAACUCACAAAGUGGCUCGGCGAUACGAAUGAGGCACUCACCGCGGCUUGCGAGCGUUUACUCGAUGCUGAGAGCGGACAAGCGCUAUUGAUCAGGUAUCGCGAGGAAUUGCCAGUGCACCAACAACUCCGUCAAGGUAUCGCCACGAAGACCGAACAACUCGUCAAGUUGAAUGACAUGGAAAUACCGACUUUAAAAUCUCUCAAUGAUUUAUUGGACGACCAAUUUAAGGUUGUUAAAGAGGCCGCUGACAAGCUUGCAUCAUUCACAUCAACUUUCAACGAGAGGGAGAAAGGUAUCAGACAAGAGCUGAAGAAAUGCAGCGAUGUAAUAUCAAAGAUCCGCGAAGAGAUAAUUAAAUGCGAUGAUCUAACUGGGGAAAAUACCAAGAUUCUGCACAGGAUCAAUAAGUGUCAAGAAUUGAAAACCGAAUUGGAGAAGUGUGAUUAUGCACUUUCGGAAAUUGACGAGAAAUUGACGAACAUGGCAUCGGAAUAUCCAACUAUAUCGAAGUCCAAUUUACCGAAAGAGUUGCAAGCGUUGCAACUCCGUAGAGAUGGUGUGGCCAGUCAUGCCGACAAGGUUAAUGCUACGUUGGUGGCUUUCUUGACAAAACUCUAUCACGAGAAGUUUGGCGCUCUGCAACGUAUGGUGGCAACUCACAAGGAAAAAGUAGCCUGGUGCGAACCCGAACAAAGCAGCGAUCGUUACAAUCUCGAGGUGAAGAUGGCCUCAUUAGUCGACGUGGAAGACGGCAUUGCCGAUUGUGAAGCGCGAAGAGUGGACACGGAUAAUUCGUUGACACUUCUAGGCACCGUCGAGAGUAGCGAGACUAUCUCUGCUCUCAGAGACGAACGCGAUAAGGUCACCGCUGACUUAGAAUCCCUGAAGACAAGCUAUCGCAAGAUAAAGUCCAAGUUGAAAGAAAAUAUCGCUUUGUGGCAACGGUAUGAGCUGACAUCGGAAAACGUAACCUCCUGGCUUAAGGAGAAUGAAAAUAAAAUUAGAGUGGAAGCCACGAUGCUCCUAAAUCCGGACGAGAUCGACGCAAAGAUUACUGAGAUAACGCAGCUUCAGAAAAAGGUCGAAAAUUAUGAAAGCGAGAUGAAAGAUCUGAUCGCGCUCGGAGAAGAGAUUGCUAAAGUUAGUCCAGAGUCCCGUGUGACUCAAUAUGUCGGACAUUUGAAUACACGUUAUCAUUCGGUGCUCAAGUCUUUGGCUCAACAUUUAGAUAGACUCAAAGAACUCAAACAAAUCAGAGGCCAGUAUGCCGCCAAUGUAAAGGAGCUGGAAUCGUGGUUACUAAAUGCGGAACAGAAGUUGAAAACUUUCGAUGAAAUCAGCGGCCCAAAACCAAUGAGCUUCUAUCAAUCUCGAUUGAAAGAAUUGAAAGCGUUCAGGGAAGAACGCGAAACUGGACAAGCAAUUUUAAAUCUAACCGCGGAAGCGGGCGAAACACUUUUCGCUAGGAUAACACCAGAUCACAGAGAGCACAUCAGAAGUGAGCUGAGAAAUUUGCGCAGUCGCGUGGAAGCCUUGGCUGAUCGCGCAAAUGUAAUCUACAAGAAAAUCGAGAGUGACAUGAUGCACCGAUCCUCGUUCGAGGACAAAUAUUCCCAAGUGAAGCAGUGGUUAAUAGAAGCGCGGAAGAAAUUGGGUGAUAAACAAGAUCUACUGCCAUCACUUCAAGAGAAGAAACUCGCUCUGCACUUGUACAAAACUAUCGCGCAAGAUGUCGGAGUUCACCGAAACAUUCUGGAACAACUUCAGGAUAGGCUCGGAGCGGCACCGGACGACGAGGCCAGCGAGAUGCUAAACAGCGUAAUUGAAGCGCACGAAAAGUUGUCGGAAGAUGUGGAUGACAGAAUCGGAAUAAUGGAAAAGUACGUUGCUAAUCAUGAGGCUUAUCUCCAGACGUUUGAGAAAACGCGAGAUUGGAUCAACACAGUGGUAAAUGAAGCGGCGUCUAUUAACGAAGAUCUUUCAGUGGAUCGAGACGCAGCUAAAUCUAAGAUUGCUUUGAUCGAGAACGUGUUGCAACAGAAGCCCGAGGGUAACAGGAUUAUAGCUGAUUGCAAUCAGCAAUUAAACAUUAUUUUGGAGCAAACCUCGAUAGCUGGUCAUCCCACGUUGCUGAAAAGUUUCGAGCAGCAGAAAAAAAUUUGGGAGGAUUUCCUUCAACGAUGCGUCUCCAGCAGAGACAAGUUGAAUCAUCUAUUUAAUCAGUGGUCUGAGUUUGAAAGACUAGUCGAGCGCCUAGAAUCCUGGCUCAAACAGAUCGAAAUGCAGGUGAAAGAUCAAAGCUUGAAGAGUACGGAGGAAACAAAACGCGCACAUUUGCAAAAAUUGAAGUCCCUGGAAGAAACUAUCGUGACAAAGGGCGCGGAGUUUAAUUCAGCGGUUGAGAAAAGUCAAGAAGUAGAAGCGGAAACGGACUUGGUUACCAAAAUAUCUCGUCAAGCCACCAAAUAUCAAGCGAUCAAAAAUCUGGCGAAGGAAGCUGUAGCGAGGUAUGAGCAAUACGUAAAGGAGCAUCACUUAUUCAACGAAAAGUACAAUCAAUUCUUGGAUUGGAUCAACGAGGUCCAAGACGAGUUGAAGAAACAUAGCGAGAUUGUUGGCGAUCUGGCGGUGUUGCAAAGCAGACAGAAGCACAUCAGAGAUCUCGGUGACGUUCGGACUCGCGAAAACGCUCGCUUCGAGUCUGUUAUCGAUCUCGGCGAGAAACUGUACGUGCAUACUUCACCAGAUGGUAGAGAGAUAAUUAGACAACAAUUGAGAAAUCUGCGUGGCUUGUGGGAUGGAUUUUCCGAGAAUUUGCAAAGCUCAAUGCAGAAGUUUGACCAGUGUCUGAUGCAGUUCGCCGAAUUCUCGUUGUCCCAAGAGCAAUUAACGGCUUGGCUGCGAGACGUCGAGCGCGCGAUGCAUCAGCACACGGAACUGAAGUCAUCGCUAGAGGAGAAACGGGCGCAAUUGCAGAAUCAUAAAAUUAUGCACCAAGAAAUUAUGUCGCAUCAGGCUUUAGUCGAAUCGGUUUGCGACAAAGCGCAACAACUGGUCGAUCAAACCAAGGACACUUCUCUAAAUGUCUAUCUUCAAUCCAUCAAGCAGCUCUUCCAGAAUAUUGUUGCCAAGUCACGAGAUUUGCUUGAAAAUUUGGAAGACUGCUGCGAGAAGCAUCAUCGUUUCAAUCUUCAGUGCAAAUGCUUCUCCGAUUGGUUGAAUGGAGAACGAGAGAAGCUGACAGAAUGCAAUGACAUCACGGGCGAACGAUCUGAAAUAUCUCGCAGAUUAACGAGCUUGGCGAUGCUGAAAGAUGGCCAGAUACAGGGAACGGAACAUCUCACGAAAUUAAAGGCAUUCAGUGAAGCUGUGGCUAAUAGCACCGCGCCGAAAGGUCGAGAAAUUAUUAACAAGGAAGUGGUUACCUUGGAUAAUAAUUUGCGCCAAUUCUUGAGCGAAAUAGAAACCGUAGAAGAGCGACUGAAAACAGCUUUGGAGAAAUGGCAAAAUUUCGAGGAUCAGCUGGAAGCUCACACAAAGUGGUUCCGUUCCAUGGAGGCAGCAUUCCGAGAUCAACAAUUGCAACCUACGUUGAAGGAUAAAGAAGCGCGACUUCGCGCGUUUAAAGAGAAACGCGAGAUUAUUGCGCGACAGGAGCGCGAGAUAGACGAAUUCGUGGAUAAAUCGCAUAGUUUGCUGCACGCAAGUGGUAUUGAACGCAUCAAGCCACUAAUUUCCCAAGUCAGCAACAGAUAUCAGCUGCUGCACGUACUCAGUAAAGAAGUGAUAAACCGUUGUCAAAGCAUCGUAGAUGAUCACCGUACUUACGAAGAGAAAUUAAAAGCCAUCGACGUAUGGCUCACGCCUCUCGAGAAAAAUUUGGCUAUCUUGAAGAAAGAUGAGAUGGGCGGAGAUCUCGAAGCGAGGAACUCGCGUCUACAAGUCUUGCUGGCCGAAAAAGAACAAGCUGAACACCGUUUAGCUAGCUUAACGUCUCUCGGUGAGAGGAUUCUGCCGGACACCUCCGCUCAAGGGCGUGAAGUGAUUAGACACGAGUUGCGAGACGCUCGCGAAAGAUGGGAUCGCUUAGCUGAAGGCAUCACCGAGCAACAGAAGAAGCAAGACGCUCAAUCUUUACAAUGGUCCAGUUAUCAAGAAACUCUGCAACAAAUUCUGACCUGGUUGGACACGAUGGAACGUGCGGUUAAGCAAGAUUCCUCGAUAAUGUGGUCUUCCUUGCAAGAAAUAAGAUCAAAACUACUCAAAUUGAAGACAUUGCAUCAAGAGAUUUUGGCUCAUAAACGUCUCAUCGAAGGCAUUUCCGAGAAAGCUAAUGCUUUGGUUCAAGUUACCCAAGUUCCAUCGGACGUUCAUGAAAAAGUUGUUUCGGUUUCGAAGAGAUACGAGAAGUUAGUAGAUACCUCUCAGAAAGGAAUAUCCAGCUUGGAAGCAUUGCUUGACAUUUUUCAACAGUUCCACGAUCUUCAGAAAGCUUAUCAAGAUUAUCAGAAGCGCCAAUGGGAACGCUUAGCGAAUUACAGCGACUAUACCGGAAAUAAGACUGCUCUUCAAGCCAGAUUAGCUAAAGUUAUAGAGAUACAGGACAGUCAAAGCGAAGGUGAGAUGAAACUGAACGUUCUUGGAGAACAUGUGGCGCAAAGUGCGCGUACUUUGCCACCUCGCUCGCAAGAAUCGAUGGAAAGAGAUUUAGCGAAUCUUAGAUUCGAAAAUAAGAAAUUCGCUACAGCCGUAAACGACGUGGUACGUUGCAUCGAAGAAAGGAUACAACAAUGGAGCGAGUAUGAGAAUUCGUUAGAACGUUUGCUCGCUUGGCUCACUGAUGCCGAGACGUCACUGAAGAACUAUUGUCUGAGGAAUACGCUCGAGGAGAAGCAGGAACAACUUGAAAAAUAUCAAUCGCUGAUUGUAAACCUCCGGCAAAAUGAGGCAGAAUUUGACAAAAUGAGCGACGAUUCGUCGGAGCUGAUGCAGAUCAGCGGCGAGACUCGAUUUUCUGUCAGCGUUCAACAAGUUACAUCACGAUUCCAAUCGAUUCAGGCAACCGCCAAGGAACUAGUAAAGAAAUGCGAACAAGCGGUCGUAGAUCACGCCAGUUAUUUAGAUCGUUAUAAACAAUGCUCCGAGUGGCUAGCAAGUGCCAGAAUGCGUUAUCAGUCCUCCAAGGAAAACGUCAGUGAUACCCGACAAAAACUAAUUUUGCACGUGGAAACCUUAAAGGAAUUGUUGGCUCGUCAAUCCUCAUCUACGCUCUUGAUAAACAGCACCGUCGAGGCUGGUGAACGAUUGUACCCUACAACCGGCACGGAGGGUCGAGAAAUUAUUCGUCAGCAAUUGCUGGAUCUUCAGCAAGCCUUCGAAGAGCUUUACGACGGCAUCGCACUGACUGAACGUGAAUUGCAAGCGAAGAUCUCGCGAUGGUCUGGUUUCGACGAAUGCAGCGAGGCUUUCGAGAGCUGGCUGAAGAGCAUAGAAGCUCAAUUGAAGCCUGAGAUCGAACUGAAAACUACCCUGGAUGAGAAACGCGCCCAGUUGCAGAUCUAUCGUACUAUCUUGCACGACACUCAAACGCAUCAGCAAGAUCUGUUGGAUCUCCGGGAUAAGGCAGACAAUUUGCCCGAUCGUACCGACAAGAUCGAUCAAACGCUGAAUAAUUUAACGAAUAGAUAUAAUGUACUACUGAAACGUGCGACGAAAUUCGUUGAAAAGUACGAAGGCAUAGUGAGCGAUCAUCAGCAGUACAGCAAGGCUGUUUUGGACACACAUGAAUGGCUGGAUGCCACACACAAUGCCGUGAGUCUCUGGGGUGACGUGGAACUGGAGAGAGUGUCUUUGCACACAAAUUUGGAUCGCCUAAAGAAUCUAUUGCACAGUCUACCGGAAGAUGAGCCGCGGGUGCAGCAAAUCAGGUCGCUGGGCGAGAAAGUAAUACCUGGUACUCUGGAAUCAGGACAAGUAAACAUCCGCUCGCAGAUCGAUUCCUCGCAACAAGAAUGGGAAGGCCUGAUCUCGGCCGUCAAGUCUACUAUUGAGGCGCUGGAGAAUAAACUUCAGCAAUGGAGUGAAUUCGAGACCUCAAAGGAGCGAUGCUUGGCGUGGAUGAGGGACACCGAUACAAAGUUACACGCUGUCGAUCUCAAGCCCACUUUGGCGGAUAAAAAGAUUCAGCUCGAGAAAUUGCGCGCUCUUCAAGGCGAGGUUCGCGCCAAAGAAUUGGAAAUCGACGCCGUUGCCGAGCGGGCCCAACAACUUCAUAAGACUCCCACUUCACGCACCUCUUACGUAUCGGAAUUGAGUAUCAAGUAUCAACAGAUUUCCAGCAAAGUCAAGGAUCUCAAUAAUCGUUGGCAUCAGUACGUUGCCACGCAUCAGGACUUUGACAAUCAAUUGGCAGAAUGCACCACAUGGUUAGAAGACAUAAAAAAUAAGCUGGCAUAUUGUUCCGAUUUGAGCGCAUCCUCGAAGAAAGAUUUGGAGCAGAAAAUGGACAUCGUGCAAGAUCUAUUAUUAUACAAAGAGGACGGUUUCGCGAAGGUGCAGAGUAUCGUUGAGCUGGCCCAGGCUGUUCUAGCGAAUACAGCUCCGGCUGGCCAUCAAACGAUCAAUGAUGCUCUAGCGAAACUUCAGGAACAGUGGAGUGCCUUGGCGUCAAAGAUGCUAGAGACCAAGACAAAUUUGGAUGACUCGAUAAACAAGUGGGCCGGUUUGUUGGAACAAAUACAAUCUCUCAACAAAACAGUGGAAUACAUGCAAGCGUCGAUCGACGAGAUUUCGCAGUUUCAAACGACGAUGUCAGAGAAAAGAAAUCAACUGGAACGAAUCAAGGCACUUGAGGAGAAGGUUCGAUGCGAGAACAUCGAGGUCGAUAGUCUCAAGUGCAAAGUCACCGAAAUGAUCGCGAGCGGUCAGCAAGGAUUAGCCGCCUCGCAAGCCCAAGAUAUAUUGAACAAGUUUGACGAAUUUUUCGAGAAGAUCAAAUCUUUGUUGGCCGAACGAGAGGAACAGUAUAAAGAUCAUCGCCUUUACAAGGAAGCUCACGACGAUCUUAUUGGCUGGCUCAGCCGGGCACGUGAGAAGAUACCGUCUAUGAAGCAGAGAUCGCUCAGCGAUAAACUAGCGAUCGAGAGUGCAGUGGUGCCGCUCGAGAGUCUGUUGAACAAAAAGGCCCAGGGUGAAUUGUUGGUGGAACAUUUACAGCAUACUGGAAAAGUUGUCUGCGCUAGCACCAGUCCCAUCGGACAAGAAGUUAUCAGGAACGAAAUACGGGCACUUACAGAAAGUUUCGAAGGAUUGUUCAAAGAAAUUCAACAGCAAAAGAAUCAAUUGGAGGCUACUGUAAGCCAAUGGCGCGACUAUAAAGACGAAUACGAAAGACUUAGCGAUUGGUUACAACAGUUUGAUAUUCUCAUCAAAGCUCAAAAGAAUGCUCUUUUGCCAAAUCUGAAAGAGAAAGAAAAGCAGGUGCAGGAAGUGAGAGAAUUGCUCGAUAACUUAAUAAAGGGCCAAGAGCAGAUUGAUAAAUUUAAUAAAACAGCCGCCGGUCUGCUUUCGUCUCACUUGGACACUUACGUCAACAAUCAGCUGCGGCAUUUGAAUUCGCGUUACCAGGUGCAAGUGAAUCUCGCGAAAGAUGUAUUGAACAAGGUCGAGACCAAUCUGACUCAACAUCAGGAGUACGAGAGCAACCUUGAAAAAGCCCGCGAUUGGAUUGGGAAUGCCAAGCAGAUUAUACGUCAAGGAACAGAGGCUGCCUCGAGCAGCAGUCGUGAAGAAUUGCAGAACAGACUCGAUAAAAUCCAAGAGUUGUUAAGAAAACGUGAGGAAGGUCAGAAUCUAAUACAUCUGACCGUGAAUUGCGGCGAGAAAGUCAUGAGGAACACGCGAUCGGAUGGUCGUGAGGAAAUCAACGCUCAAUUGAAAGAGAUUCAAAACGACUGGGAGCGUUUGGUGAAGAAGAUCUCAACCACCAAAGUGCAUCUCGAGACGAGUCUGCUGCAGUGGGCGGAUUAUAGUUCGUCGUAUUCGCAGCUGCAGCAGUGGAUUAACGAUCGCGAGGCCAAGCUGCAGCAGGUGUGCGAGCAGAAAGUCUCCAAAGCUCGGAAAGGCUUAGUCGGACUGAGCUCUCUGGCAAUCGGAGAAAGAAAGGCGAAUUUGCGACAAACUAACAGCAUUGUACAGGACAUCGUGGCGUUCGAGCCCAUGAUUCAAUCAGUCACCACGAAGGCCGGACCUCUGCAACAGGCGACUCCAGCCACGGAAAUUUCGAUUAAAUACGAGACUCUAAGCAAGCAAGCUCAGGAAUUGUACGCGAAGCAGAAGGAGACUGUCGAACAGCAUCAGGCCUUCAUCGAUAGCGGUAAUGAAUUCGUUCAGUGGAUACGAGCCGCCAAAGAGAGACUCGGCAAGUGCUCGGAGCCUACAGGAGACAAGGAAUCUUUGGCCAGUAAAAUCACGCAGCUCAAAGUUUUACAGAGUGAAUUGCCUGAAGGUCAGAAGAAGCUGGAGAAAGCUUUGGAACAGGGUAACGCUGCCUGUCAGAUCGCAGAUGCUGAAGAUAAGGAAAUAAUCGAGGAAGAAGUGGCACUGUUGCAAGAAGAAUAUGAUAACUAUGUAGAGUCACUGAAUAACACGAAGAGUUUGCUCGAAAUCGGCAUAGUAAAAUGGACUGAAUACGAGGAUCAAUUUUCCGAAGCCACAGAAUGGCUUACGCAAACCGAACAGUUGGUUCAAACGUUUAACAAAUUGCAAGACGGUUUGGAAGAGAAGAAGAAUGUUCUCGAGCAGUUCCAAAUUCAUUUGCAAACAUUAUUCGAUUGGCAAAAGGAGUUGGACCGUUUGAAUAUGAAAGCCCAGAUGUUGCUAGAAACAUGUGCCGAUACGAGAAUUUCUAAUGCAAUAACGCAACUUACUACCAAGUACAAUGCACUGCUGUCUCUGGCUAAAGAAAUAAUGCGGCGUUUGGAAUUGCAUUAUCAGGAGCAUCAACAACACAAUACCUUAUACCAAGAGUGUCAAGAUUGGAUCGAGCGUACGCGAGACAAGUUGGGCGAGUGCAAAGACAUUCCCAGCACAUUAGCCGAAGUUAACAAUAAGUUGCACACGUGUAAAGCUAUUCGGCAGACGUUGGAGCAGGGUCAGAACAAAUUGCGCUACGCUUUGGAAUUGAAGGAAAAAGUCAUUAUGAACACGGAACAAAAUGGCGCGGCAAAGAUUCAGGAAGAUACCGAGAACUUAAAAAGCGAAUUUGAUAAGUUGCUAGUCGACGUUGAAGAUGUAAGACAAAAAUUGUCAGCGAGAGCGAGUAUGUUGGAGGAGCUCAACAAGAUUCACCGACUUAUUUCGGAUUGGUUGGAGGAAGUUGAAGGCAAGGUUCAACCAGGGGACGUAUGCAGAAACGAUCUCAGUGAGAAACGUGCUCUGUUAGAAAAAUAUAAGAUCCUGCAAAGAGACAUUCACGGUCAUGGUGAGACAGUGGAUCGUUUGAAGAUUCGCCUAACUGAAAAUCCCAGCAUAUCGAAAAAUCCUUACGAAACGACAAUCAACAAGUACGACAGCUUGAAGAAGUUGAUUUCCGAAAAGAUUCAUAAUUUGGAAGAUCAAGUUAAAGAUCAUGAGAGAUUCCAACAAGCUUUGAACGAGGCAGGUGACUGGGUACGUCGUACGAAAGUCGAACUUCAACAGUACAGUGAUACUCACGGCGAAAAAGAACGAAUCAUCGAACGAGAGAAUAAAGUGAAUCAAAUCAUCUCAUCCCUGCCGAAAGGUGACACGUUGAUUUCGAAGGUGAUUGAGCUGAGCGACGUUGUGAUCUCCAAGACGGGACCCGAGGGUCAAGACGCUAUUAAGCAAGACAUGAGACAGAUACAGGCCGAUUGGAAAUCCUUGCAAGCACAAUGUCACGAUUCGCAACGAACUCUCUCCAAUUGCAUCUCGAGCUGGUCCCAGUUCACGAACACGUUGGACGGCAUGAAGCGAUGGAUAGAUCACUUCCAAAAGAAGAUUGCAGACGAACAGACUAAAGAAAACAAAACUCCGGAGGAUUUAGAGCGUUGUAAGCGUUUGGUGGAGGAGGCGGUUAAGCAAAAGCCAGUCUUGGAAGACCUGAAUGACAAAUGCGAAGCUUUGUUGGAGAUUAGCGCUUGCAGUUGGGCGCGAGAUAAGACGGUACAGUUGCAAUCGGCAUACACGUCACUUUUGACCGACGCGCAAGGUCUCGUCUCGAGAGUUGAGAAAAAUCUGGCUGAUCACACUGAAUUCUUGAAAGCUAAGAAGGAGAUGGAGGAUUGGUUACGCACGGCUCAUGGUUCGGUAGAAGAUUGCAUCGGUGUAGGAGACACGGCUUGGGCAAAGGACAAGUUAGAAACUUUGAGGCUGGUGGCGACACGUGUGACGGAAGGUCAACAUUUAUUAUCGACGUUGCAAAAUGCCUUCGCAAAGGCAAUUAACAUGGCUCUUCCAGAGCAACAGGAUCAAUUACGAUCAGAUAUGGCUAAUCUACGUUCGAACUGGGAACAGUUGAGUAUGGACCUCAAUACAGUUCAAGCCAAAGUAAAAUCGGUUUUGAGUCGCUGGGAGGAUCACGCGGAAGCGCAUAAUAAAUUUGCGACGUGGUUGGAAGAGAACGAGGCCGUCGUUAAAGAUUCUCCAGAUACGAAAGGCGAAAUCGGCGAAAUGAAAACAAUGCUCGAACGAUACAAGCACAUUCAAGAGGAAAUUCGCGACAGGAAAUCCGACUUGGAUCAUCUGAUGACGGAAGCAACAGAACUGUCAGCAUGGGCGAAGAACAACAAGACACUAAAUGAAACGAAGCAAUUGUUAAAUCGAUGGAAAGCGCUAACCGAACUUGUCGGUGAGAGGAAGAAGCUCAUGGAAAGCGAGAUGCAGGAAUACAACGCAUAUCACGCUGCUCUGCAAGAAACAGAGAAGUGGCUGCUGCAAAUCUCCUUCCAAUUAAUGGCACACAAUUCUCUCUAUAUUACCAACAAAGAACAAACGAUUGAGCAGCUUAAGCAGCAUGAAGCGUUGUUGGUUGAAAUUCAAAAGUACCAGGAAGUAUUAGACGAACUGAAGUUGAAGGGUCACGGUCAGAUAAAUCGAUAUGUCGGCGCGAAUCCCACUAUUAGAUCAACUAUAGAAACACAAUUGCAGAACGUUCAGGAUAGUUAUAAUUCGCUGUUGAACACUGCCCUGCAAAUCAAGAACAGGUUGACGGAGUCUCUAAAUAAGUUCCAGGAAUAUGAGAACACGUUAGAGAGCAUCAUGAAGAACUUGGACACAUACGAGGCGGAAAUGGUUCAAGGAUUGGAAGUUCCACUGGAUAACUUAACUACUGCCGAACAGAGCCUCGAGAGUGCUCGCACUUUACAUAACAAGCUACAAGCCGAAAAAGCUCGACUGGCAUUAGCGGUGGAAGCGUGCGAAGCUGCGGCAGCAUGCGUCUCUAGACCCGGAAGUCCUCUCGAUGCUCCACCCAUUCAAGUACCCGCGAGAGAAGUCGAAGUCAGAACGAGACUCGAUGAUCUUAUUGACCAGAUGCAAACGCAUUUGGCAAACGUGAUGAAAACGGUGGGUGAGCUCGAGGAACAACUACGACAAAAGAAUUCGCUUCGUUCUUGGAUCAAUCAGCAACGAGCUCUCUGCGCUGAAUGGAAGUCACGACCGGCGAAACUGCGAGCAGAGGCCGCCCAGGCCGAGUUGCAGGCAAUGAAUGAAUUACUCACCAACGUGGGCGAGCGUCGCACUCGCGCAUUGACAGAACUGUCGAUUCAUGAAGAAGACCACGACAUUGAGGAGGGAUUAAACAAACUAGAAGCUGAAUUGACUGACGCCAUCGCUGGAAAACAAGCGGCACAGGAUCUAAUCCAGAAGUACAGAUCACAAGUGCAAGAUAUUCAAACGUGGCUCGAUGGACUGUCGAAGAAGAUCGACAUGAUCGAGAAGGGUAGUGGACUGACUAUUAAUCAGAAAAUUUCAAAUCUCAAAGACAUCACGAGCGAGUUUGAGUCUCAGGGAACGGAAAAAUUGGCGGAGGUUAAGAAACUGGGCGAUCAAGUGAUGGACUCGGUCAGCAAUCUAGAUUCUCAACAAAUAGAAGAGCAAAUCAAGUCAGUGGAGAGACGAUACACCGACAUUAGUAAGAAGUUGCAAAGGAAAGCCCAGGUCUUGGAGAUGACGGCGCAGGGGAUAGAAGCAACCAGGCGAGAGAUUGAAGAGAAUCGUGAGUGGAUCGAGCAGAAGAAACAACAGGUGAAGAUGCCGGAGUUGCUUGGCUUCGAAAGCAAACAGGCGGAAGAGAGACUCCUUACUCUCAAGGCUAUGCUGAAAGAGGCGGAUGGAAAGCAAUUGAUUAUAGAUACGUUAGAAAAGAGAGUUGGAAAUAUGCAGAACGAAUUGGAAACCAGCGAGCAGCAGCAAUUAGAAGCCGAUACGAGAUCUUUGCGCGGCGAGCAGAUCGAGUUAUGCACCAUUUUGAGGGAAGAAAUAUCCGUCGCGAGCGCUGCGGCUGAUGCGCGUCGCAAAUUAGAGGCUGAUAUUGAAAAAGCACGAAAUUGGAUAAGGUCAAAGGGCAACGACUUGAAGAAGCUCAGCGGAUAUCUGCCUCUGAGAGCUUCCAAGGUUGAGCAAGAUAUUGCGCAACACAGCGGAUUGGAAGCAGAUAUUAACUCCUUCAACGAAAGUAACCUUAAAGAUGUUCUUAAACAAGGGCACAGCUUGCUGAAAGAUUGUAAUGCCGACAGUCGCGCCAAACUUCAAGGUCUUCUGGACGACCUAAGUAAGGAUUACGAGGAAUUGAAGAAGGAGGCGAGAGAAAAGCAAGCCUCGUUAGCAGAUCUUCUUCAGGGACGUAAGGCUUUUGAAAAUGAGUUGGACAAGUGUCAACGAUGGAUCAAGGAAGCUGAAGUGGCCACCUCUUCCGAGUUGCGACCUUCCAGUCUUGACAUUCUUCGUGAACAACUUGCUAAAUACGACCGAUUGAAGAAAGAAGCACAAGAGUACGGUGAUGACAUAGAAAAGAUAAAUCAGCAAGGGAAAUCAAUUUUGCCGACUGUGAGCGACGCCGAUAAGCAGGAAUUGAGCGAACAAUUGAAAAAUAUGAAGGAAGCUCAUGGACGAGUGGCCGGUGUGAUAAAUGAGCGAGCGAUCGCGCUUCAAAAGAGUAUAGAUGAAGCCGAAGAAGCUGCCACGCGAGUGGCAGAAGCAAUCCAAUUUAUGACAGAUAUUCAGAAAGAACUUCACGACCUGAAUAAGCCGAUCGGUGCUCGCGUGGAAGACGUGGAGGGAAUGUUGGUCGCUUACGAAAGGAUCUUGGACGAUCUCAAAGCGAACAAGGCUAAACUAUCUGAUCUUCAAUCCGCUAAUGUGGGCGAUCUGCAUAGUGUAUUGGCUCAGCAAGACGAUCUAAUAAGAGCUCUUGAAGCGCAAAUAGCGAAACUUCGUCAGCUACUGUUGCUACGACAACAAUUUAUCGCGUUAAUUGCAGAGAUUACUACCUUCAUUACCAAGUAUACCGAAAUUGUUCGGGAUAUCGAAAAAUCCGGACAAACAACGGAAGAAAAAAUUAAAAGGUACGACGACGCUAUAUUAAAAAUUCAGGAAUGCGAAGCUACUCUCGCUAGUGCGACGGAUAAAGGACAGCAAAUAGCGGCGGAAGGUUCGGUCGUGGACAGGAACAACGUCACGGAGCAGCUGCAAUCGUUGAAGCAACAAUUACAGGCCCUUCGAAGGGCAGUGGAGACGCAAAGGGAGCAACACGAACUGGCGGCAGCCGAGCAUAGAAGACUCGCUAACGAAUUGGCGGACAUCCUUGACUGGCUUGAGAGCAAGGAGAAGGAAGUCAAGUCCCGACCGCUGUUGGAGAGAGAUCCGACGAGCGUUGAGGCGGAAUUGAAGAAGCAUCAUUCUCUUUGUGCUGAUGUGAACGAGUAUCUAGACAGAAUCAGAAAUCUGAAGGAAUCACUGCGGCACGAAGAAGGAAUGCCCGGAUCCUUGAAGGAGAUGCUGAGCGAGGCGGUUUCCUUGUUGACGUCUUUACCGCGAGAGAUGGAAGAGCGUGGAAAUUAUUUCGAGACUAAUAUGCAGAUGAGAUUGGAUUACGCGGCUCUCACGGACAAGCUGCACAGCUGGGCUCGCGAAGCUGAGAUUCGGCUCGAAAGCGACAAAGACGGUCUCGAUUUUGAAAAUAUUCUCAGUGAUCUGGAAGAACAUAAAAUAUACUUCAGCACCGAAUCUUCAAUUCGCGAGCUCGUGUCGCAACAGAUUCAACAGGUGGCAGACAAGAUCUGGCCGUCUUUAGACAGUUACGAGCAGGAGGAAUUAAGCGCUCAACAACAGCAGCAUACUCAGUUGUUAAAGAACACCCUCAAUACGGCUAAGUCGCAACGUUCACGUCUAGAACAGGGCGCGGACAUGUGGAAAGAGUACAUCCAGAGUUUGGAACGCGUACGCGCCGUCAUCAGCAGAACCAGAUUCACAGAUGAACCUGUCACUACAUUAGCUGGAUUGCAAUUUAAUAUCCAGAAAAUUGCGCACGCCAUCAAUGACAUUCAGAACCAACAAUUUGAGUUGGAUCUUCUUAACGAACGUGGACGAGAGGUCCUCCGACUUGCAGACGCAAACAAUAAGAAAGCGAUAGAAUCGCAACUUUCCGAAAUCAAUUCGGAAUGGCAGGAAUUAGUUUCGGGUCUCAAAGGACGUAAGGAUACUCUCGAGGCGCUAUCGCGACACUGGGAAGACUUGGAAGCGCAGUGGACCGUCAUCGAAACGCGAGUGACUGCGACUGAGGAGAAAAACAAACUCGUCGAUACAGUGGUGCGGUCGAAACAACAUUUACAGGAUACCGUUAAAGCAUUAGAGGAACUUGUAACGGAAGCUGAAAGACUUAAACCUGCAGCGGAAGAAGUAAAAAGCUCAGCGGGACCUGUGCUCGCAUAUCUCUCAGCGUUUACCGAAGAGCCGGCACGAAGUCUCGAGGAACGCCUCGAGAAGCUACAAAAAUCCGUCGAAUCACUCGUCGACUCGCUUCGUGGGAAGGCCGAGAAAGCGAACGAGGAUCUGGAGGCGCUCGAGAACGUCGAACGUGAGAUCGAGCGCCUGCGGAAGCGACUGAACGAGGCGCGCGAGAGCGCGUCGAACUUGUACGUUUACGGCGUUGAUCAAGACGCGACCGAGAUCGAACUUGGAGAAUUGCGAUCGCAGGUUGAGGAUCUCGUCGACACCGCUAAGAAGUUUUCAGGAAGCAUUAAGGCGCGGUACCAAGCUAGCCAGCAGCUAGUACCAAGUGACAUUACCCAGCAUCUGACCGCACUCGAGCUUUGUGCCGAGGCGACGGCACAAACGAUGGAGGAGAAACAGAGAGAACAGAAACGUGCCAGGACCGUCAGAUCGGACUAUUUGACCGACGUGGAUGAGGUACAGGCAUGGAUCCGUCAAGCCGAGCUCAAAGUGCAGGACAGAUCGGUCGAGCCGGCCAUUCUCAGGGAACACCUCAGACAAAUACAGAACGAGCUGGGCACGAUUAGCGACAAGCUCGAACGACUGACGAGGAACGGGCAAACCAUCGUCAAGAACACGAGGGACGACGCCGAGAAGGAGCUGAUCAACAGCACGAUCGGCAAUCUUACUGAACAGCUGGCGCAGGUCAGGAGUUGGCUGGAGGAGAAGAAACAAAUCGUGGGCGACACCUUAGAUGCCUGGCAGAGGUUCCUCACGCUUUACGAAGCCGUCAAAGCAUGGACGGAGGAAAAAAGACAAUUUCUAGUCGAGCCAUUGAAGCUCAGCACUCUAGUGCAAGCCAGACAAAGACUGCACGAAUACUCGACGGCAGUCAAGAGCUGCAAGCAGGUAAAUAAAAAUCUCAGUGAUAUGGGCAGAGAGUUGGAGAACAUCGGUCAGGUAACUAGUGUAGGCGACCUACCGGAGAAGUUGGCCGAGGCGGAAGAGGGCAAGGUUCAGGUCGAGGGUCAGCUGUUGGAAAGGAACGCAUUACUGCAAGAGACCAGCGAGGAAUGGGAACAAUGCGAGAGGAAGAUGAAGGACGUGCGGAGCUGGAUGGAGAAGGCCAGACAAACGCUGGAAUCGCCACAGAAUAAGAAGAAGCCGCUGCGCGAUCAACAUGCCAUUCGCGAAAAGAUGCUCAGCGAUAUCGCGAUUCAAAAGACGAAAAUCACGAUCUCGGUAGAGAAGCUCGAGGUGCACUUUAGAUCCGGUAUCGUUAGCGACAACCGGGUGAAAGACUCCGCCGACGAGCUGAUCGCCGAGCUCAAUUCACUUCACAGCACCGUCAAAGAGCAAACAACCUCGCUAGAAGUUUGUUUAGCGCAGAUAGAUCAGUAUCAACAGGAAAUUCAACAGUUGAGACAACACAUUGUGCAGGUGGAGCAGCAGCUUAGGACGGUGCUCAGUCCAACGUACAUGCCGAAUGACCGGGAAAAGGCUCUUCAAGAGCAACAGGAUGUCGAAGAAGGCCUCGCUUCUCUACAAGCAAGACUUUCGAAUCUCGAAGGAACAAUGGCGCACUUGCCCCGAGACAGCAUAGACUCUAUGCUUUCAUCGCUUAUGGCAAUAUUAACGGAACUUCAUACUUAUGAUGAGGAAGCUACACAACUUCAAAAGCAAUUACACGAAAUACCUGCCGACAUUGAGUCGCAAAGGCUCUUAGUAGCUUUAACGGGAAUUCAUACGCGCGUCACUUCUCUCGUCGAUCAAGCAGAACAAGGGAGGGUGACUCUCGAACAGGCACGAGCGAGCCGAGAGAAACGCGACCAAGAAAUUCAUACGUACAAAUUAUUCCUCGAAGAGACCGAUGUCUGGUUAAAAAAUGUCAUAUCGAAACUACCUCAACAACAUUCGGUUCAUACCAGCAAGGCUCUACAAGAAGAAUUAACGAAUCGCGCACGUCAAAUCUCAGAACUCGAAUCGUUGCCGGAAGUGAGCGCGCUAGCGAUAACGCUGAAGGAAGCCAUCUUGGACGUAAUUAAUUGUCUUCAACGAAAGCAGCAGGAGAUCUGUGAUGAGGAAGCUCAAGCUGAUGACGAAUCGACAGAGAAAGACAAUGCUACUCUGGAUGAAGCACCCUCCCUUCAUUCCUCCAUAGAAGAUGGUUCGCCAUCUUUGGCUGAUGUUUCCUUACAGACAGGUCAAAGUCUAUUGAUCGACGACGUUGCCGAAAGAAAGAUGCGACUCACAAAACAGACAUCUACGACGCAGAUGCCGUCGACAACCACGUGCCAUUCUCUCACGACACAGACAUCGCAAGAAUUAUUACCAAGCGAAGGUGCUCAGGCGCAGGAAGCUAUAAAGGUUCUAAAGACCACAACGGGCGAUCACGAUGUGAUCGAGAUAGCCACCAAAUACGUGCCGUCUAGUUCUAGUCAAGAGACAGCGCGUCGGGAACAAUCCAGUAUUUUGCCCAGCGAAGACAUCAUCGUCGAUAUGAAAUAUCAAGACGCGAAGAAGACCGAUAGCGCGACGAGUGAACUGAACAUCGUCCACGCCGCGCCACAGUCCUUCGAGACGGUCCUAGUCGAACCGGAUGACGUCACUACCGAAGUUGUCGUCGACGCCGAUGGCACGAAGAGGAUUAUCGUAAGGAAGUUACGACGUACUACAGUUACCAGCAGACAAACCACACAGCAGCGUGUGUCUACACUAUCGACGGCGCUCGGAGACGCGCCGCCGAUGAUGCAAGCUUUCUCAGAGGCUGCGAUGAGAGAUCAGCAGGUCACCAUGACCAGGACGAGACCAGAUGGUACCAUCGAGACCACGACAAGGCAGAUUUACGGCGGCAAAGUCACUACAGGCGCGCCUACAGAGGGUAUCAAUGUGGAGGAGUACGAAUCCGAACCUCGUUACACGCGCAUGGUGACGCAAGGUCAGAUAGGAGAUAUCAGCUGCCAACCAGUCGAGGAGGAGAUACUAUUGGAGGGCGGUGAAUACCAAACAAAGACGUCAAGCGUUCAUGCCGUGGUGCAACAAGUUACGAAACGAGUGAUCAAACGAACGCGUAAAAUCAUCCGGAAAGUUACCAUCGUAGAUGGCAAGGAGACCACUACCGAAGAGGUGAUCGAAGAGCCUGAGGAAGUAGAGAUAGACGAGCAGGAUAUACCGUACAUUAGUAUCAACGUGGUUAAGAGCGAGGAUCAAAAGACCAUAAUUCCGGCGGAACAGGCAAUCGAACAGCGAGUAGAAACUUCGAUGCAGGGGCCGUUCUUUGGUCCAUUUGCCAAAGAUAUAACAAACGUGUGUCGAGAUAAAACAAAGGAGAUCGCAGAAAUUCCGGUAACAAUUGCGGAAAAGGAUGAUGAUGUCACGGAAACUAAAACAUUGGAUAUUGAAGAUCGCAAAAAGGAAACUACAUUGUUAGGAGAGUCCGCGAGAAAGGGGGUAGAUUUUAGAGCAGAGGUAGAAGAUUCUAAAAUAAAAAUGGUUGAUAAAGAUGUUUCUACUGUACCAAGUGAUGAAAAUAAACGAAAAGAAAUUGAAGUGCAAACAGAGGAUAAAGAAGAAUACGAGCAUUUCCCUACUAAGGUAAAUGGCGUAGGAACACUUGCGAUUGAUAAUCAAGCGUUAAUUGAUGCUGAACGAUCUGCCGUUUUGCAGACCCCUGUCGAAGAUGUCUAUGUUACGACGGUACAAUCGGAAUCUGUAAAAUCUCCAUUAGAGCCGGCUGUAACAGAUGAUGAACCGGUGGUCACCAAAGCUACUUGUAAGUCUGACGAUGCACCAGUAAAGAGCGAAACACUCAGUAUCGAGCUAGAAAAUGGCACGGUAGAAGUAGAGACGCACCACGGUGAUAGCAGCACUGUAGAAGCUGAUAAAGACGUAUCAAAUGUCGUUGUGUUAGAGAAAGAGCCUGAUGGGAAGGAAGAGCCAAAGAGAGAGACAUCAACCAAGGAAGUUGCAACCUUAACGUCACUACAAAAACCAGAGUCAGAAAAUGGAUCGAUUGUUCUAGCUAAAUUAGACAUUUCUGAGCCGGAUAAAACUACUUCAAGUUUGAAAGAAGAAACAUUUUCUAGAGAACAACAAAUACUACCAGAAUCGAUCACAAGUGGAGAUAAAGACAAGUUUAAAGAUGAAGCACUUAAACCAGAGUACAAGCCAAUGUUUCAUAAGGUUGAAAUAUCUCUGUCGGUGCGUAAGGAAGAUGAGGAAGUGGAACCAUUUGUCUCUAUCAAAACUCAAGCAGAACGACCAGAGAUUGCCCCGUAUAGCAUCGUCAUGGAAGAUGUGGACAUUAGUUUACCAGCAGACAAGGAAACGACGGAGGUGAUACACGAUAAAAUUGUGCAGACCACCGCUUUUCUCACGGCUGAAAAAGAAACGGAAACUUUGGAAUUACAUACCGCAGAAAAAGAAGUUGAUGUUCACAUCGAAACGCCAGAAAAGAGCAAGUCGGAUACGACGAGUCACAAAAGUAGAAAAAAGAAACGGCACAAGGAUAAAUCAGAGUCCUCGGAAAAGCCCAUAGAAACAGAAUCCAGCACUUCCGUUACUACGUCAAUUGCCGAAUCUAUGGAGAUCAAUAUUCCGUCAUCUGAUUCAUCUAAACAUGCUAGUGAGCAACCGCAACCGGAUGUUGCAAAGAUCAUAAAAUCCAUUACCGAAUCCUCUCUAAGUUUAGACGAUGACAGUAUGGCAAAGAAUGGAUAUCAACCGGAUGAUAAAACUAUGGAUGAAUUGUCGAUCGCUCCAGAGGAUGACAUAAAAAAGAAAAGAAAAAAGAAGAAGAAGCAAAAGGUUCGAUUGCCUCGAGAUAAAGAUUUGACUCACAUGCCUAAAACUAGCAGUGACGAUGUGGCGUUCACGGACGCUAGUCUUCCUUUGGAGAUUUGUGAAGUAAAAGAUGUGACCGCAGAGGAUAAAAUGAAAGAAAAAGAGAUAACAAAGCUAGAGAAUGAGGCAAAAGAAACUAAAAUCGAAACGAUACAACAAGAAAGUAUACGCAAAGAUGUGUUAGAUGACGCGCAUACUCAAACAGCUGUAGAGACAUGUGAUGUAUCGACCUCAUUUACUCCAAAAGCAGAAAAAGAAAGUCUCUCUACAUUUAUGCAAACAUCUCCUGAGCUGGUACCAUUCACUUUAGAGGAAGAGAUACAAACGGUUAAAACUGAAGAGACACAUAUUGAGACGCAAACAAUUUUAGAACCUGGGCUCGAUUUUAGCGCGCAGACUAUCACAGAAGAAAUCCCAGAAGUCGAAGAUUCAGGUGUGCAGACUAUGACACCCACAGCGACGCCGAUGGAAGAGUACGCUAUUCAAACUAGUCCAAUAGAGAAUAUCACUUCUGCCGUAGAAACGGAAGAUUUUCAAGUACAGACGACUGAAAUUGAUGUUAAUUCCACGGAAAUGCAAACUUCACCAGUUGAAUUAUCUUCAAUGAUAGCAAUUGAAACACAAACAGCAAUAAAUACUAUGAUGGAAGUAGAACAACAGACUACCCCACCACCAGUGAUAGAAAAAGUUAUUGUGCAAGAAACUUCUAUGCAAACGUUGUUGGAAUCUUUCGAAAAGGACAUGCAAACAAGUGCCCCGACUAGUCCACAACAAAUAGACGUUUCGCAUACAGAUACUCAAACAGUCGCAGCGCCAGAAAUUCCUGCUGAAACAACGGAGACACAAACGACACCUGAAGAGAGUCCUCGAAAGGUGGAGUUGCAAGAAUCUGAAAUGCAAACAAAAUCGCCCGAACCUACCAAAGAAAUCAUGAUGCAAACGAGUCCAGAACCUAUACAAGUGAGCGAAGAAUCUGCUCAAACCAUCGAAGAAAUAAAACAUACUAUCGAGGAAGAAUCACAAACGGCCAGUCCGAAGAAAACUGAAACCUUUGACAGUUCGGUGCAAAUAAAGGCAGAAGAAUUGAUACCACGAAUCGAAGAGAGUAUACAGAAUAUUCCUGAUGUAUGCGAGAUCAGCGCACAAACAUCGCCAAAAGAAGAGAAACAUCCAGCUGAGACAAUUUCGGUAUCUCAACAGACAACGCACGUUCCAACUCAGUCUGUUGAGGUAUCUACGGAAGAAUUCAAGAUAGAAAUAGUUGAAAAAGAAGAUUUAUGUAAAGCGCCCGUUCCAGUGGAAACGGCUAUCUUAGAAGAAACAAAGAAGGAAGAAAAAGUAACGUUUAUAGAUUUAAUGGAAACUCCAGCAGCACCUGAUGUACAAGUACCAGAAAUUAUGAAAUCCUUAGAGGAGGUAAGAGAAAAAGAAGUUACGAAUAAGCUGAUACCAGAGAUUUCUACGAUUCCAGAAAAUAUCGUACAGAUGGAAACAUUCAUCGAAAACAAAACGAAACAUGAACUUCCUGAAAUAUCUACAAUGGAAGGUCCAAAAUUGUCGGAGACUAUCGCAAAGACAAAAGAAUCCACACAGUCCUCAAUGUCAGAAAAAGACACUACUUCGGAUACGUCAUUUGAAAUCCAUGUUCACGCGACUAUAGAACUAUCCGCCAGUGACACACUCGAUAGUGUUGCGUCUGGUAGCAGGACCGAUACUUCGCAGGAUACUACAAUUGCCGAAGAUCUCAAUGACACAAGUGUCACGGAGCAUGAUAAUAAAGCGGCAAAACGGCAAAAGAGGAAGAGAAAGCAUAAGACUAUGGAAAUUAUUCUACCAAGUAAAGAUAAGCCAGAGCUUGACUCUAUACACGGGCAACCAAUGGAAUCCCAAGAUACUGUCACGAAACUGUCAUACUGCGAUGUUACUAAACAGCGUGCAAGCAUUCCCGAAGAAGACAUUCGGGAAUCAUCCUUAGAUAUUUCAACUACCUCGGAAACAGUACCUAUAACAGCGAGCGAUCCAUUUGCGAUUGACUCGAGUCAUAACAUUCCAGAAACAACAGUACCUGAAGUAGAAACAGUACGAAAGCCAUUUGCGCUUAGUAGACCGGCGAUAGAACCACUGUUGAUGUCGUCAAAUCAGCAAAAAUCGUCCGGAGACCCAUCUACGCAAUCGUCACCCGAGCCAAUGGACACUACUGAAGAGCCGCUGACGCCCAUAGAAAUCGAACAACCUAUUCUGAAUAAAGAGUACGUUAAGCCAUUCCGGGCGGAGAUCAAGACAUACGUCGAAGUAAUAUCAGAAGAAUCACCUGCUGUAUCGACCUUAUCCAGCGCUGAAGCACACGAAAAGAGAGAAGCGCAAUUGUGGAAAGAACCUGUUACCAAAGUAUCGUCUCCUCAAGCUUUAUCCGCGACCUUUCUUCUGAAGGAAUCCUCGGGAUAUAGCGCCAAAUCGCAACAUCAAGGAACGCAAACAACGCAAGCUACUAAAAUAAUAACUGACCGAGUGAAGAAUUUACAGAAUACCAACGAAUCGAGUCAUUUAGGUAAUAUUUUGCAUAUCGCGCAUCUAGAGGAAGUCACCACGGAGAGACUUGCGGAAGAACGUUCAUCGGACGUUCGCAGGGAACUGUCGCAGCUAAGAAAUGCUGUUCAAGAGAAUGAUGUGAUAGUUGUCGAAGAAACUCUCGUUACCGUCGUCGAAACAAUUUCGACCUGGCUAGAAACCAUUGAAUACCGAAUCUUUCUAAACAGAGAAUGUCCAACUGGACCUUCUCACGAAGACGCUAGAACGUUCGUUGAAUUGAAAGACGAGGUGAAUCAUGUAGAAGGAAGUAUUCGCGAGCUCGACAACAUCUGGAAGCAACUGGAGUCGAAAUAUCCGAAGGAGGAACGAGAGAAAUUGCGAGAAUGUUUGGAUGCCCUUGAGAAUCAAGUGAAAAUUAUCGAGCAUGUCACUACCGAUGAAGAGAAACACGCUAGUAGGCAACUCGCAAAAUGGGAUGAAUUCCUAAAUGGCAUUAAUAACAUAUACAGGUUAAUCGAAGAGCAACGUAAACAGCUCGAUCACAUAAUCGAAAGCGAGUAUUCCACACGAUGGAAGUUACAGGAGCUCGAUAAAUUGGAGAACACGAAUCGUUGUCACAUGUGGAAGACAAACAGACUUCUCGACGCCGCUCGCGAGUUAUUGCGCGAUCAUCCUGGCAAGAUUAUACCCGAAGAAACCUACACCGCGCACGAAACGACGAAGAUCAUCGAGCAUAGUAUAUGUGUCGAACGAGAGCGUCUGCUUCAAUUGCUCGCUUUAGCCGAGGAAUACGAGCAAACUCUUCAAGAAUUUGCGCAAAUUAUCGAAAUUGCUGAAAAUCUACUGGACAGUCCAAUAUCCGCGAUAAGCCUGGAACACCUGCAGGAGGAGAUGCAGAAGCAUAGAAAGUUUUUCGUCAAUCUAAACCACUGUCGCGCGAUUCUCGAAUCGCUGGAAGGCAAUCUAGAUCCUGAAACCCGAGCCAAACACUCCGGUUUGCACGAAGAAUUACACAGUAAGGCAACGGCGUUGCUCGAUCAAGCAGCAUCAAGAGCGCAACAAAUGGCCUUGGCCGCGUCCCGAUGGACGCUGCUCGAGCAGGGUGUAAAGGAAGAAAGAGGAUGGCUCCAGGUUGCACACCAACGAGUCCCUGAUCUUCAAACGGUGACUUCGAUAGACUAUGAUCAAUACAUCUCUUUAUACCAAUCUCUAUCUUCGGAUGUUGCAACUCAUCAUGCACGAUUAAUUCAACUACUCAGCGUGGCAUGUAGCCUUCGUGAUCUUAUCAACAUUGAGGAUCCUGAAGACCGAUACGGUGAAGCCUUAGAGGUGAUCGUGAAGCUGCAAGAUAACAUCGAAUCUUCACUGAAAAGACUACUGGCCUUUAAAGAGAGUUGGAACAAUCAGGAGAUAUUGACCAAUCGCGUAGAGCACUGGAUGACAAUGGCCGAAAAGAAACUCGCUACAUUAAGUGAUCCAUCAGGAAGUUCCAUGCGCCAAUUCUGGGAAUUGAAAGCGCAAUAUGAGGUCCACAACAACAUGCGUAACGAAGCGGACAACUACUUCGAGCAAGCUCUGCGAAUUAUACCUCUAUCAGACGAAAUGUUGCAGCGACAAUUUCAUUAUGAACUGCAGGAUCGUUGGAAUGAAGUCGGUGACAAGAUCAAUGAGAUUCAAAAAGACGUCACUCGCAGCAUUUCCUCGGAGAUCUCGUCGAACGAGAAACUGAAAUUGCUCGAGAGGGAACUAAAUGAGUUGCGAAUAACCAUCAACAGUUUCCACGGGGUGCUGAAGACAGAGGAGGAACUCGACUUGUACGUCGAGCGACUCACCAUACUGUUCGAAAGAAUCUCCUUAAUCCAGAAUGAGAUAGGCAGAUUAGGUCUUUUACCUGCGGCGGAGAGCGAAAGAGUCGGAAUUUUAUUAUCAUCGGCGCGUUGCAUUGAGGGACAGAUAAGCGAAGAGCUGGACUCGGCGCAGCUGCUCAGAGAAAAGAUUCAGGCUCUUCAACGCGGAUUGAAUCGCUUCAGAAAGGCGCACAAAAGAUUGUCGACGAUACUGGAUCAGUGCGAGGGUAGCGAGAGGCAGGAGAGCGACCUGGUGGCCGCGGCUGUGGAUCGUUGCCGAUCGGUCGCAAACGAACUAACCGUUCUCUGGCAGGAUCUGAUGGCGUUAAGACAGAUGCUGCACAAUUUGCCGACCGGCAUGAGAGUGACGGUGUCGCCGGUGGGCAUAGAAAGAGAUCUGUCCAACAUACAAGACGCGCACACCGAGCUCGAGUCCAGGUGCGCGCAUCUGCUCUUGUUACUGACGAACAGAUUGGAGCUGUGGCGACGAUUCGAGAGGCAGCUGGAAAUAGUGCAGCAAUCCGUUCAGGAAGCGGAUUACAUGAUGGAACUGUUGACCGUUCAAGAUUCCGUCGAUUACGACAGAUUGCUGAAGGCCACGGAACGCCUUGAGGGUCUAAACGGCGAUUUGGGUGCUCGAGAAGUUCUCAUUGGCGAAUUACGUGCCGCUGCCGAGCCUCUGCGGGAGAGCUGCGCCGCAGAGGUCCGCGAGAGGGUCGACGCCGCAGUAAAUGAGGCCGUACACGCUUGGGAAGAUACAAGGGCCGAAUUGGAUGCCCUUUGCACCCGAUAUCAACACGCGUGCAGACUCUGGCAGCAAUACAGAGACUCUAGCGCCGCGGUGAAGGCCUGGGUAGACACACAAAUGAACAGUGUGGUGAAUUUGCCACCAGAGGAAGCAGUCAAGCAAGUUAAGGUUUGCGAGGAGACACUGGCGGAGCACAAAGAAAGACUGGCGGAAUUGCGCGGUCUGGUGGCACAGAUCGCAUCGGACGUAGGGUUGGACGCCGGUGGACCGCUGCACUGCGAAGUUGAAGCGCUAGGUCAACGACUCGAAGAUGUUCGAGAAACCUUGUCGACCCUCGCGGACACGGUGGAUGCUCGUGUCCUCAACCAGGAACUCGCCCGUGGUGAUCUAUGCCAGACGAAAAAUUUCCUGGAUUCGGUCCAACAGAGUUUGACGGCGGUGGGUCAAGGCGAGUCUAACGAACAGCUGACGGUGUUGCGAAACCACUUACUCGCGUUAACGCGAACCGAACCGCAGCUUCAAUCUAUCAAGGAUCGCGCGUUGGACGUUUCCGUGCAGGAGCCAUCGAUAGUCGAGGUGGUCCAGCUAUGGCAGCGCGUGUUCCAAGAGACCUUCCAGCAGUACCACCGCCUGUCGACACGACUGAUCCGCUCGCAAGAUGUGAUUGCCGCGCUGAAGCUCUGGGAGGAAUAUCUGACGCAUGUGCAAGAUUUUCUGUCGAGCGGUAUGCCAGGCGAUUACAACGGUCUGUCGGAGCACCGGAAUCUUUGCGAGGUUCAUCGGAAGCUUUUGCCCGAGCAGCAGAAUCUCAUACUGACGGUGCGACAGGGGGAGGAUCGUGAUCGAUCGGUCGCCGAGCAGUUUAACGCCUUGACGAAUCUUCACAAUGAGACAUUGGCGAGAAUAUUGGAGCGGCAUGCGGCAGUGCGCGACAGGAUAUCGGCCUGGGACAAAUACAGAUUGGAUCAAGGGAAAUUGUUGACGUGGUUGAAGGAGGUCGAGAGAGAACGGCAGCGCAUGCACUUGCAAUUCAUCCAUCUGAGACGGCUCGACAAGAUUCUGCAGAGAAUUCAGACGCUGUUGGACAAGAUGCCGGUUGGCGAGGCUCAAAUAGAGUCCCUUCAGGAGCAGCAGGAGUAUCUGCUGACUAAUUGCGACGAGGCGCUGGCCGUCUCGAUACGCAUGGAACACGCCGCGAAUGUACAACGGAUCGCGAAUAUGCGAGCCGGCCUGGAAACCUGGAGGGACUUUGUUCAGCGAGUGCAGAAGUUGCACGAGGAGCACGUCGAGCAGUCUCAAGUGAUUGUCACGACCUUCCAGGAAAUCAGCCAGACAUUGAGCGCGGCCUUCCACGCAGGACCAACGAGUCUAUCCAAAACGAAGGAGCAACUCGACUCACUCGAACACCUGAGAACUCGUCUAGCUGACGCGCAACGCAAUUUGGAGUCCCUUGGCGUCGUUACGGAACAAUUGCGAGAGUGCCUGAGCCCGAGCGACAUGAAGACAUUGAAUCAACAAGAUGCGCUUCUGUCGCAACAACACGGCGAUCUUGAGUAUCAAUUGGCCUUAUUGACAUACAGACUCGGUGAACGCUGUGCUCUUCAUGGUCGAUGGGAGAACAGGUUAAAUAAAUUAUUGUUGUGGAUGGAGGAUGCGGCGAGCAGAACGCAGGACCGUGACACGAUGGCACUGGACGAGCCUGAAGAGGCAUUGAAGCGACUCGAGUGCGAGCUGCAGACCGAGAUGAGCUUGAAACAGCGUGAACUCGAGUGGUUACAAAACACUGGGCACGAGCUGAUAGAAGUCGCCGAGGAGACGGAAAAAGCAAAGCUCAAGCGGUCUUUGGACGAAGUCAACGAGAAGUGGAGUCGCCUAAUGGCCGGCGGUAAAGCGAGAGCUAACAAACUAGUCGAUCUAAUUCAAACUAUGAACUCGUUGAUGAAGAGGAUAGUCGAUUUACGGACCUGGCUGACCGGCAUCGAGAGUCAAUUAUCCGAGGUUAUCGUUAUCGAGAAACUCACGCAGAAGAGCAUCGAUAAAAAGCUCGAGGAUCACGAUCAUCUUAAGACCACCAUUGAGAUCGAGAGCGGCAAUAUCGGUGAGGUGCUAAAUUUAUGUGAAAUUUUGUUAAACGACUGUGACACGUGGAAGGCCUCUUUUAAUACGGACGCGAUAAAAAACGGUAUGGAAAAUAUAGAGAAACGAUGGAAAGCCGUGUGCAUUAAAUCGACUGAGCGCAAGCGAAAAAUUAUGAUGAUUUGGAAGCUGCUGCAGGAAUUGGACAAAACCAGAAGCGAGCACGAACCGUGGCUAGUCAGGACGGAGAAAUCUCUAUUGGAGUUGGAGAACGAUCUUACAGAGGUUUCGAAAGAGGAAUCGGAAAGGAUAAUCGAGAGAGCUAAAUCGAUUGCCAAAGAUAUCGAGGCGCAUCAGAAAGCUUUGAAAAUUCUUGAACAAAUAUUUGGGCGUCUGGCCAAGUCUGGAUUGGAUCCCGAUAACUUUAGGACGCUCACGGCUGAGACGCGAACAAUCAUCGACAGGUGGUUGGCUCUCGAGACCAGAAUCAAUGCUAUCAUCUCGAGCAUUCAACGGGAACAGAAGACCUAUCGCGAGUUCGUGUCCACACACGGUGUUGCGGUAAUGGGUUUAACGCAGGUGGACGUCCGCCUGACGCAAAUGCAGCACCUCGCCACGCCUGAGCAGAGAUCGUCAUUGCGACGAAGACGGCAACAGCUGUGCGAGCUCGAGGAAGAGCUCGACACUCAAAACGUUACACUGCGCAAGGCAGACGAGCUGGCGUUGCGAGUCAUGCAGGAGAGCAAUCCAGACGACGUGGCCGCGAUUCAAGAAUUGGUGGACGAAUAUCAACUCUUGUGGAGGGACAUCAAGGCGCGAGUGACCGCGCUGAAAGCGGAAUUGGAGACGCAAGAAAGAUCGGAGGUCGACGAGGCGGUGCAGGUGGAGACUUUGAAAUUUGAGCAGGACACCGCGGUUCAAGUAGACACCCUACCGAGACUCGUCAGGAUGACCUCUUGUGACGCAUAUUUGAUGGAAUUGGAAGCUGCCCUCAACGAAUGUAAUAAUGCCCUGAAUGCACUGGAAGCGACGGUAACACCUGAUCCCGUUUCCGGUCCAGGACUCAACGCGGCUGCUAAGAUUAUCGCUAAACUAAUCGGAAGUUGCCAGUCCUCAAUAGAACUGGUACGCCACCUUCAUAAUCUGCUCAUGGAAGACGGCAAAUUGAGUUUGGGAGCUGCUAAAAGUAGCGAGGUAACAACACUAAUAGCUCGAUACGACACACUCAUUGCACUAGCAAGAGCACGUGAACAGCAAAUCAGAGAGCUCAGAUCACCUGUCACCGAUGCUUACGCUUUUCCAUGUGACCACGAUAGUGGCAGAUUGACCUGUCCGUUAUGCUCACGCCGUAAUUGGGCUCAACUGGACAAUGAUCUCUGGCGCUUGGACAAAUGGCUGGAGUACGCCGAGGGUACGCAGAGUGAGCAACGCUCGCCGCCCAGUGAUAUAGAACAAUUGGAGGACGUGAUUCAGGAUCAUCGUGAAUUUUUACUGGACCUCGACAGUCACAGGAGCAUUGUGACAAGUCUGAAUAUAGUCGGCGCUCACUUGGCCGAUCAUACCGAGGACACUGAACGCGCGCAGGAGCUUCGCGACCGAUUAGCCGUAGCAAACGGCAGGUGGGAAAAAAUCUGUACAGCCGCCGUGGAGUGGCAGAAGCAGCUGCAGCACGCCCUCAUGACGAAUCGUCAGUUUUAUCGUAUUAUAGAAGAACUAUUAAGUUGGCUCGAACGCACCGAGGUCAGCAUCAGGGCGAGCGAGCCGAUCGACCUGACAGAAUCCACCAAUAUCAUGGAAGCAAAAUAUAACAAAUUUAGGGAAUUGCGAAGUGAUCUAGAGCGUUGCGAGCCGCGAGUGAUAUCAUUACAAGAAGCGACUAAUCAUCUCUUGGACGAACAGACGGAAACCAGAACGCGUCUGCAAGAACUGCGAUUAAGGUUGCAGUCGUUAAGGAGACUCACAGGAAUCUACGCUCUUAAGUUAGGUGCUGCCCUCGGGCUGGACCCGCGGGAUGUCGGUCUUGCCGCUACGUCUACAUCUCUCGCAUCUCUCUCACACGACCUGCUCGACGAAGCUGCCUCUGGAACUGAUCAGCCUCACACCACCGGCACAGAUGGUGACGAAAGAGAUCGGACGGUACUUGUACGUGGUUAUCGCUUCCUAGGACGAGUUCUACGAGUCUCUCUACCAAUCCAAGCGCUGAUGCUGUUAUUGCUCGGCGUCGCAUCGCUGGUGCCGUCUGCAGAAGAAGACUACAGCUGCAUGCUCUCUAAUAAUCUCGCGAAGAGCUUCACGCCUAUAGCCUUCUAUCCGAAUGGACCACCACCGGUGUAACAGUGAUGAACGGCGAUGUCCUCGUUUCGCCGUGUCUCUUCGCCAACUCGAGAUUGAUACUUCACACACGAGACGUUGGCGAGGCAAGCUGAUAUAUAAAAACCAAUCAAAUUUCUUCUUACUUUUGCCUUACGCGAUUAGCAUUGAAAGCCUACAAAAUUUAAACUGCCUCGAACUCGCCUCGUCAACGUUUCCAUCGACUGCAGCCGCAGUGCGCGCGUAUCGCAGAAUUUAUAUAAUGUGCAUAUACAUAUUGUAAUUUUACACACGACGAAUUUGUACGUAAGUAAUGUAACGGACCAAGCGGUGACUGAGAAUAUGUAGCCGACGACAACACAUUCUUUAAUUUAUUAUACAUAUAUAUAUAUAUAUAUAUAAUAUAUAUAAAACAUUGUAUAUUUCGCUAUUUCGAGCGCGUGCAAUAUCAUGCUCCUUCCUGCGCGAAGCGUGCACGGUCAAGUGUCUCAUAAGGGAAGGUCCCCAAUUCGAAACUUUAAAAAUUAUGAAACUGUGACAAUACAUAGAGAAUAUUCGGAUAUAUUACAGCCAAUUCUUUGCUACCUGAAUUUAUUCUGUAGAGAUAAAAUUAAUCCCUAAAAGCUUCCAUUAUUCACCAACAAAAGAAGAUAGAACAAAAUUCCGUACAGUAUAUUUACUUUUUUUAAAUGAGAUUAUUGAUCAGAAAACUCAUCGAAACGAAAUUGUUCAAUAAUAAAACAAAAUAGAUCAAUUUUCAGGAGUUGAUUUCACUUCUGAAAAAUAGAACGUUAUAUGUGUAUCAGGGUAUUCUUUGUGCUUUGCCAAAUUAUCUUUUAAAUUUUCAAGUUGGACAGACUUACCCUUGUCAGUAUCAUAGUGAAUAAUAUCUUGAUAAAGUAUUUGUUGUAAAGAAGUUGACUGAUUCGAAAAGUUCGAAUGAAUGUACUGACCUUGUAUAUUAAACCCUUCAGUUGCGAAAGGCAUAUACAUAAGCGCUCUGAGAAGGUUGCCUUUCAUUUGCGGGGAAAACAGAUAUAUUUGUAGUUGAAGUUUGGAGCGAAAGUUAAAAAUUUGCCCAAAUUCAACAAGCUUAUUUAAAAAAUAUAUAUAUACAUAUAGCUAAAACAAUAAAAUUAUAAAAAAAGAACAAAUUUAAAAUAAAUAAUAAACGUUAUAAAUAUUGCGGAACGAAAAUUGAACUCGAUUACACGAUGUCGUUAAUAAAUUAUUUUUUUACCGUUAGGGAUUUGAGAGAUUGUUUUCAUAUUUAUACGCGUUGUUUGAACAAAUUUCUCUGCUGUUUCCUCCUUGUUUUCGAAAACUGCAAACACUGUCUUAAUUACCGGCGUAUUGACAUGCGUUGCCACGAUUUCGUCUAUCGCGCGCAUCGAUUGAUGAUGACACCGCAACUUUGACUUCCUGAAAUUCCGUAACGCAUUUCCCGGAAGCUCAGGUUUAAAGCGUAACGAGCCUUUGUUCAGAUAAUACCGGUUAUUUCGGCAAAAUCGAAAUACACUCUUUAACAUUAA